CAGGCACCUCGCGAGUCGCGGUUGACCCAUAGCGACGACAAAGCUGCUUGCGCCAGCGGAUAUGACGUCUAAAAUUAAAUCAGUCUUGGCUGGCCUGGAGGAUUGGCUGCAGAAAGACCAUGUGGAGCGCAAGUUCUUGCAAGACAGGUCGGCCAAAACAAAUGCCGAGGCCUUGGGCGUUGUCGCGCAAGCGCAACAGCGCGUGUACCAGCUAAGGAGCCGCAACGUGCCGGCGAGCAGUCCCAAAGAGGGUUCCCGCCAGCGGAAGGCUGCUCGGACUCAAGAGGACACCGCUGCCAAAGCACAUGCCGCUGCACCGGAGGUGGGCGAGCAGGCCAACCCGCAGGCAGUCCCUGCCCCGGAGCCCCUGCCAGCACCGGUGCCUGUCGUUGACGUGGACGAGCGACCGGCGGCUCCGGUGGAUGAGGAGCAGCCAGAGGCGGGGCCCAGCAGUGCACCGGCCCCCGUUGCAGGCCAGAAGCGCGGGCGGCAGGCCACCCGCACCACUGCAGCAGCAGCCAAGCGCACCAGGGCGAAGGCCGCCGAGGAGCCCGCCCCCACGGCAGCAGCAGCGCCGGCCGCUGAGCCAAUGGCAGUUGACGAGGGGCCCGCAGCGCGCAAGGUGGAGGCUGCUCCCGCUGCUGCUGAGGCGCCAGCGGUUGAGGAGCCGGUCGAGGAGGCAAAGCCGGCCGCCAAGCGUGGCCGUGGGCGGCAGCGCAAGCAGCCGGCUAAAACAGCAGCGCCGGCAGCGGCAGACGACGAGCUAGACGAUGGCUCGCAAGAAGCUGCCGCCGGCAAGUCCGAAACGGACAAGCACAUGGCAGAGCAACCUGCGGCCGCAGUGGUUCCCACCAUAGAGCCGCGCGUGACUCGCGCACGGCGUGGCGGCGCAGCCGCUGCGGUGCCAGCGCCCGCCCCAGCGGCCAGGGCAACCCGCGGGAGAGCCGCGCAGCAGAAGCGCACCGUGCAGGAAGCGCAGCUCGCCUCGCCCGCGCUCCAGCCCAAGGCCAAGCAGGCAGCUGUGGAGGCUGCGGAGGCGCUGCCGGCGGUCCCACGCAGCCCCAUCGCGCCGCGCGCGUCGGCCUCGCCUCUGAAGGCCUCGAACAAGCCCACGCCAGCAGCUGUGCUUGCACCCAGUCCGCGCCCGUCGGCCAACAAGCCCGCACAUCCGACGCUGCAGAAGGCUGCCACGCGGCCCUCUACCGCAAAGUCAGCGCCACCGUCGCCCAAGCCUGCCCAGCAGCGGUCACAGCAGAAGCAGGCCCAGGCUCAGGCCCAGGACGGCGCCGGUGCGCCCUCCGGCGUGUUCGCACGCAUGCCCUCCGCCGUCGCGGCCACGGUCGCCAUGCUGGGCGGCAGGCCGGUGACCGCGAUGCGCUCCUCAGCUGGCGCUGCGCGCGGCGCCUCCGCAGCUGCCAACGUCGCCAGCAUGACGGCCGUGGUGGAUGGCGGCAGCGCCGGCACUUCCACUGGCGCUGCGGCUGAGGCCGUAGACGCCACCGGUGCCGCUGCGGUGGCGAGGGCCUCGGUGCCGCGGUCGACAGCGCCGACUCCGUCUGGGCAGGCUGCACCGCAGGCCACCGCGCCCGCACGCGAGGUGUCGCUUGGAACCGGAUUCUGCUUUGGCGUGAAGGCCGACCAUGAGUCCUCUCCCACCAUCCCGCACUUCGGCUCCGCCACUGGGGCAGACGGCGAGGACGGUGCCGCCGCGUUGGCUGCAGCUGACGCUGCGCCGGGCGCGGCUGCCGCUGCUGCUUUGGCGCCUCAGCACGUGUCGCGUCUGCCUAACGCAUUUGCCGGGCCGCACACGUCUGCAUCGGCGCCGGCUCCGGCACCGCUUGCUGAGGUUGCUGCGCUGGCGUCCGAUGAGGCCACGGCAGAUACGUUGGCAGAGGAGGAGGAGGAGGAGGAGGAGGAGGAGGAGGAGGAGGAGGAGGAGGAGGAGGAGGAGCAAGAGGUGGAGCCCAUUGCCGCGCCGGCGACCGCAACGGCGGUGGCAGCGGCGUCGAAGACGCCCGUGGUUGUGGCGCAGGCGGAGGCGGAGCGGCGGCCAAGGUCCCUGUCUCUGGCAGCCAUGCGGUUGCCUAGUGCUGCGGGCCUGGCUGCGGACGGCAGCGCUGGUGAGGCGCAGAUGGCUGCGGCUGGGCAGGAGCAGGGCCGCGAGGCCGGCGCUGCGGAUGCAUCAAUGCAGGAGACUGCAGCCCGGAGCGACACGCAGGAGCACGACAACGACAAUAUUGACGACGUCGACAUGGAGGCGGAGCCCAGCUCCGAGGCGGAUGCCGAGGCUGCCGGCGACGAGGCAGCAGCUGCGGUGCCAGCGGGCGAGCCGGAGGCAGCUGCGCCAGCGGCGGUGGCGCUGAGCAAGCCGGAGGCAGUGGUGGCGGGCACGGCACAGGCCCCGCAGCCCGUCAAGGCAGCCAAGGGUAGCAACCUCGUAAGCGCCGUGCGCAGCUUCCUGCCCCAGAAGCUGGCGAACUCGCCGCCGCCCGCCGCCGGCAAGAAGAACGUUAAGGUCAAGGCGCUCGAGGCAGCAGCGGCCGCGAAGGCCAAAGAGGCCGCCAAGGCCGCCGAGCGCGCCGCCCGUGCCGCCGCCAUUGAGCGCAACCGACAGCAGCAGCAAGCCGAUGGCGCUGUGGCUGCCGCGGCGGCGCCGUCUGUGAUCACGACGGCUGCGCCCACGGUAUCCACGGCGGCCGCGCCGUUGGCGGCCGCGCCCCGCCCGACACCGGCGCUUACGUCGACGGAUGCGGAGACUUUGGCGCCCACAACGUCAGUCAGCACUGCAGCUGCGGCGCGGCCAGCGGCGGCGCCGGCCAAGUCGACAGCUGCGGGCGGCGCUGGAGGCAUUGGCUCUGGCUCUGACGCGGACGCCGCAAUUUCUGUUGCCGCUGUCGCAGCGCAACCGCCGCCGCCGUCUGCCAUCGGCAGCGUCAAGGCCAAGGCGGCUUUCUUCCAGGCGAAGGAGGAGCAGGCUAAGCGCGCGGGGGCAGGGCCGCCCAGGCCAGGUGCCGCCGGCGCCGGCGCCGGGCCCGCCAUCCCCAGCUACAAGGCCGGCGCACUUGCACGGGUUGCUCUGGCCGCCGGUGACGAAGCCAAGGCACUGGCUGCCGCACAAGGCCUGGCAUCCGCGCAAUCCGUCACAGCCGCUAGCGGCGCCCGCCCUGCGGGCGGCGCUGCUGCCGCCGGCACGUCGGCCGCAGCCGGCCCCUCCACCUCCGCUGUGACGGCCUCCGCUGGCACUGGCGCGGCGCCUGCCGAGACGGCAGCCGACAAGCACAAGCGCGUGGAGGCCAAGCGCAAGGAGGAAGAGGAGCGGCGGCGGGCGGAGCUGGAGGCUCGCACGCAGGCCAAGGACGACAAGCUGCGGAAAUUUGAGGCCGCGAAGCAGCAGCAGCGGACAGCUGGUGGUGGCGGUGGUGGUGGCGGAGGAGGAGGCGGGGGCGGCGGCGGCGGCGGCGGGGCUACCCUGCGGCCGCCGGCACCGCCGUCUGCCAACCCGCUGGCCGCGCACCCGGCCGGAAAGCGGCCGCCCAUAAAUGCUAGCGGCGCCGCUGCAGGCGCGGCGACCGCUACCAUCAAGGCUGAGCCCGAGUCCAACCGGUCCGCGCCUGGGCCCAUGAACGCCCGCACCCCGGGGCCCAAGACCGGCCCCGUGGCUGCCAACAUGUCGCCGGCGGUGCAGAUGCAGGUCAAGCUGCUGCCGGCCGUGCACGGCCCCGCCGUCAGCACUGCAGCCACCACCACCACAGGCGUCGAUGCCACCGCGCCAAAGACCGCCGGCAAGCAAGCCGCCGGCGCGCCGGGUUUGCCCAAGCCGGCCGCGCCGCGGCCGCCCACGGGCGUGGGCGCAAAGCAGCUGGCUGCGGUGGCCGCGGCGGCGGCGGCGCCCAAGACGGCGUCAAAGCCGACGGCGGCGGAGAAGACGCCGGGCGGCGUGGAGCUGACGGAGGAGGAGCGCCGCAACGUGCACGCCAUCCAGACGUCGCCUUACGUCGUUCAGGUCAAGCCGCGCACGCCCGCCAUGAUGGGCACCGCCACCAAGCCGGCCCCCACCAGCUACGAAAUCUCGCCGUACAAGUCGGACAGCGACGAAGACGACUCGCCGCGGCGCUUCAAGGCGCUACCGGACUGGGCCCUCGGCCCCCGCGUGCAGGAGGCGCUGAUAGCGCAGCAGCACGUGGACGCCGACGCCAUCUUCGGGAGCUGCCCCAAGUCCAUCGACGUGGUGCGUGUGUUCUCGGACAUGCCCCACCCGGGCAAGCUGGACAUGCGCGGCCGGCCGCGGCGCGACUACGCGCGGCGCGGCAGCAGCGGCAUCUGGGACGCGGACGCGUAGAGCUGCGCCGGCAGUGCUUUGCGCUGAGGGUGGAAGGCCGUUUCGGUCGGGGUGGGUGGCGGAAUGGUGGUGGAGUGCUGUGUUUGUGUGGGGAGCUGGGAGUCGGAGGAGGCGGUGAGGCUGGCGCGUGGACCAACCGUUACUGGACGGCAGCAGGAGUGCUUAGGGCUGCCUGCGACACCUGGCGUGUGUGGCCAUGCGACGGGGAA